CCCACGGCGUCCGGGCCCCGCCAGGCCCAGCCGACCCACCUCCCAGAAUAAAGCUCCUUAUCCCAAAGAUGAACCUCUGAGUUUUUUUUCAAGUACACGCUUCCCUGCAAAAGUCUCAACCCUUUUCCGAAAGCUGGGGCAUUUGGCAGGUCACGGUAUUUUAUUUAUCGUGGGGAGAGAAAAUCUGGUGAUUUAACUCCCCAUGAAAUUCUGUGUCCCACCCCUUUUUUCAUUCUGCUGAAAGGUUCGAAACUUUUUUUUCUACAAAUUUGAAAAAGAGAUAUGUAAAUGGACUUAUUAAAUGUAAGGUGUUGAGUUUUGUUUUGUUGCUUCUUUAAGUGUCCUUCCUAAGGCCUGGGAGCAGCUGAAGUACCCUUGAGUAACUAGGUUCGUGAAAUGCUUUGUUAUUUGAGGUCUGCUGUACUCCGAAAAGUCACCGCACCUGGAGAAAUGUAGGAAAUGCCAGAGCCUCAUGAAACAGACUUAACCUUUAGUUACGUUAUUCUGGCCUUCAUAUUAAAGGAAAAUGCAGCUAUUUGUGAUGAAAUUGCCCGUCUGGAGGAAAAGUUUAUCAAAGCAAAAGAAGAAAGAAGGUACCUCCUGAAAAAGCUACUCCAGCUGCAAACUCUGACUGAAGGGGGAGAGAUCCAGACUGUAGCAAACACCCACAGUUCUAACCUGCCUUUGAGUUAUGGUGUGGCCACUUCCGUGGGUCCCAUUCAGGGAGCUGGACCUGUUCCUGUAUCCAGCUCUGUGGUUGAAGAACCAUUUGGGAAGAAACCCAAGAAGGAAAAAAAAGAAAAAGGAAAAGAAAACAACAAAGUGGAAGUUCUGAAGAAAGCAUCCAAGAAAAAGAAAAUGGAGGGAGGUGCUCGCAAGCUGGUUCAGCCCAUUGCCCUGGAUCCCUCAGGACGGCCUGUGUUUCCCAUCGGACUAGGGGGUCUAACAGUUUAUAGCCUAGGGGAGAUCAUCACUGAUCGACCUGGCUUCCAUGAUGAGGGCGCUAUCUACCCUGUGGGUUUCUGCAGUACCCGAGAAUAUGCCAGUAUGAAGUGCCCGGACCAGAAGUGUUUGUACACCUGUCAAAUCAAGGAUGGUGGUAUGCAGCCCCAGUUUGAGAUUGUGCCUGAGGAUGACCCUGAGAAUGCCAUUGUGGGCUCUUCUCCAAAUGCCUGUCAUUCUGAAUUACUCAAGACCAUCAGUGCAGCUUGGGGGAAGCUACUUCCCAAUGUGCUUCCAUCUGGAGCUGAUUUCUUUGGGUUUUCUCAUCCAACCAUCCACAACCUGAUCCAGAGUUGUCCAGGAGCUCGGAAAUGUGUCAAUUACCAAUGGGUGAAGUUUGAUGUGUGUAAACCUGGGGAUGGUCAGGUCCCCCAGGGGCUUCCAGACAAUGAUGCAACUAUGAGCUUUGAGGCCUUUCAGAGACAGGCCUUUGAAGAAGAUCACAGUGAUCCCAUUCUACCAGGAUCUCUGGAUCUCCCAGGGCUCCAGCCUGCAUCAUUUGUGUCAUCCUAUCAGCCCAUGUUCCUGACACAUGAGCCCCUGCCAGCCACCCACCUUCAGCACAUUAAGUCUCCAUCCCAAUGCAGCCCAGCCCAGUCCUCAGACUGAACGAGGCAGCAGAGACUACCAGGCUUAUUGUGGUGAAAUUUUUAAGUUAAGAUAAAACUUAAACAUAUGAAAGUAGCAGAACCCAGCUAUGAUGAUGGAAGCAUUGACAUCUUUUAUCAUUGUAUCAUAGAAGAUCUCUUGGCAAUGAUUUUCCCUGGUAAAGACUUUGGCUGUUUUUAUCUUUUGUAAUAAACUUUUCUUGUCAUUCCUG